AGCCCGUCCUAAAACCCUCGAACCAUCAUGUCACUCUCCACACUCAGCCACCCGGCCGCCGCCGCCGCCGCCGCCGCCGGGAGCGGGAAAUCCCUUUCCCCUGCUUUCCCGGCGGCGCAGUCGGCGCGUCUUCCUAAGACACGGCCCCAUGCCCCCGCCGCCGUGUCCGCCGCGGCCGCGGCGGCUGUUCACGCGGAUUCCGCGGAGGAUAGGGUUUCGGCGCUGAGCCAGGUCUCCGGCGUGCUGGGGUCGCAGUGGGGAGACGAGGGGAAGGGCAAGCUCGUCGACGUGCUCGCCCCCCGAUUCGACAUCGUCGCGCGUUGCCAGGGGGGAGCAAAUGCUGGACACACCAUCUACAACGCUGAAGGCAAGAAGUUUGCCCUUCAUCUUGUUCCAUCUGGUAUUCUCCAUGAAGGGACACUUUGUGUUGUUGGCAAUGGAGCAGUGAUCCAUGUUCCAGGGUUCUUUGGAGAAAUUGACGGCCUUGAGUCCAAUGGAGUCCGCUGUGAUGGAAGAAUACUGGUCUCUGAUCGAGCACAUCUGCUGUUUGAUCUGCACCAGGUUGUUGAUGGACUUAGGGAAGCUGAGCUGGAAAAUUCUUUUAUUGGGACAACUAAGAGAGGCAUUGGACCUUGUUACUCCAGCAAGGUAACUCGAAAUGGACUGCGAGUUUGUGAUCUAAGGCACAUGGACACUUUUGGGGAUAAACUUGAUGUCUUAUUUAAAGAUGCUGCUUCAAGAUUUCAAGGCUUCGAGUACAGCAAAAGUAUGCUCAAGGAAGAGGUUGAGAGGUACAAGAGGUUUGCAGAGCGCUUGGAGCCCUUCAUUGCUGAUACUGUGCAUGUGUUAAAUGAAUCUAUCCAACAGAAGAAGAAAAUUCUGGUUGAAGGGGGCCAAGCAACUAUGCUGGACAUUGAUUUUGGUACUUAUCCAUUUGUGACUUCUUCGAGCCCUUCAGCUGGCGGGAUAUGCACUGGCCUUGGGAUUGCCCCAAGGGUAGUUGGUGACCUGAUUGGAGUGGUCAAGGCUUACACAUCAAGAGUUGGCUCUGGUCCUUUCCCAACUGAACUAUUUGGAGAGGAAGGUGAUCGCCUUAGGAAAGCUGGAAUGGAAUUUGGCACGACAACAGGUCGCCCAAGGCGAUGUGGCUGGCUUGACAUUGUUGCACUUAAGUACUGCUGCCAAAUCAAUGGGUUCUCUUCACUUAAUUUGACCAAACUUGAUGUUCUGUCUGGGCUGUCAGAAAUUAAGGUGGGUGUUUCAUAUAACCAAGCCGACGGACAGAAACUACAAUCCUUCCCUGGGGAUCUUGACACCCUGGAGCAAGUACAGGUCAACUAUGAGGUGCUGCCAGGUUGGCAAAGUGACAUUUCUUCCAUUAGAAGUUACAAUGAACUUCCCCAAGCUGCGCGCCUCUAUGUGGAGAGGAUAGAGGAGCUUGUUGGUGUCCCAGUGCACUACAUUGGUGUUGGACCUGGGAGAGAUGCUCUCAUAUACAAGUAAAAGCCACUUCAUUUUGUCCUCGAUUGGGCGGAACAAUGGAGCCCUAACUAGCCUUGAGCAUUUUGCUCUUAUUAUUCAUCUUCGUUGCCAUGGUAGCUGUGAUACAGCAAGGUUACUGACUGGUGGAGUGAUCUAAUGCGCGCACUAAUAAAAAGUCUACUGAAACAUCAGCUAAGGUGAAUAAGGAUGAGUUUUGCACUAUGUUCAACUCCACCAAUUGUUUGGUGGCCCAUCAUAUAUUUUGCACUAAUUGUGAACCAUGCCUGGUGGUGUAAUGUGUGAUAUGAAUCUAUAUCGGAUACCCUGCUGGUGCCUGCCUUUCAGUUUCUGGUGAAAAUGAGAUACCCGAUCGAUGUAUGCGCAUGCUUGCUGAAA